CAGGUAAUUGGGUCGCACUGUUCAUAUGAGCGUGGCUUCCCGUUGUCUUUUCGUUUCUGUUGAGUUCUCGACCCCACUGACAAAUUUCCCUUCACACUGGGGGGGCGUUACGAGACAGAACGUUCCAUGCAUACUACAACAGCAGGUUUCCUCGCUAUAAACAUACUCGCCUUUGUUCGUACCACGUGAAAAGCUUUGACUCAACUCGAUUGCUUCAUUCGUUGCGACUUCACGCGAUGGCGACCGUUUCAACCGACUUCCUAGAUGUGGACGAACGUAAUCGGAAUCCCAAUCAUACUCGGUCGCGCUCAGGAGGCUACGUUGAUAUCAUAGAAGAAAAGGCGAGAUGGGAUCGGAGGAGUCGCGAACAAGAAAUGAAACGCUAUCAUGACAGUCGGCAUGGUACAGCCUCAUCUACACGAAUUUCUAAUUCACCUACAACGCCUGAUCGACUCGGUGUCCCAGUCUUCGAAACUACUGGGAGGAUGCGAUCGAGUUCAGAAGCUGGCCAAAGGGACAGAAGGCCGGAACGACGGUACAACACUCAGGAGGUGCGGCCCAGCGCUGUACCAAUCUCCGGAUACGAUUUGACCAGCGAGCCAGUUCUGUCAAGUCAACUACCUGUGAGAUAUGAAGGGAAGCCACAGCACCAGAAGAAACCCAGUAUCAAGGUGGAAAUACACCAAGACAAUCCUCCAUUGCCCACUAGCGGUCUGGCUUUCAGGGUGAAGAGAAGCCCGAGUGCUAGCCCUCGAUCACCUACUGCACGACCUGAACUUCAAUACCAGUAUGCGACGCUACAGAACAAACUGGACCAGAUCAGUGGCACAUGUGCGCCAUACAUGGACGUUGAGGCUGCGGAACCUCAAGAUCUCACGUUCGAGAAGAUAGUAGAGCACACCAAAGCUUUUGCUUUCGACCUGCAAGUGUGGGCUCAUCUUGCGAACCUCGAUGGUAUCGCAAGGCCGGAUUCGCGCAAGAGGGAAGUCGUGGACGCCGCGUCGCGAAGCCUGGAUCGCCUGUUGUAUCUCGUAGCGGAACUGAACGACGCUUGCUCCAAGGCCAAGCCGAGGGACCUGAAGUUCAAAAGUCUUGCCGAGGUUGACGAUGACAAAUUGUUCGAAGAUGAAGAUGACAGCAGCGGUGAGCCAGACCCUAUGGAAACCUUGAGCUUCAUCAUUCACUCCAGCUUAGCCGGCAUUGAGCUGCAACUCCAGAACUUGAAGAGGUUGAGCCGAACAUUGCAAGAGGCCACACCGGAUGCGAAAGAGGAGGUCGUCGCAGUCGCGAAGCUCGUAACAGAGACGGUGAGGUACUUUGGCUCGCGAGAAGCACUAGAUCGUUAUGGGAUCGACGAGAAGAUCUCUGGGAGGAGAGGUUUGGAAGAAGCAAGGUACACGAACUCGCAUUAGCCGGGUGAAGUUUGGGAGUGCUGUGAACAUGAGGAAUUCAACUAGCGUUUUGCACAAGCUGAUAAUGGAGUUGAGUUACGCUGUGAGGAGGUCGCAUCAAAGCGUCAAGUUGGUGACAAGGAAUGGAAAAGUGUUGGGGUGGCUGCCACGCUGCGAACUCGCUUUAGUGUCGGCUCCACAACUGAAAGCUUGGAAGGCAUGACGUAGCACAACAAUGUUUAGACCCAAGUAUCAUCACAACUAAUGCAACUCCAAUCUUCAGCGGGACUCCC